CGCCCCAGAGGGAAGGAGGUCGGCGUGUGUUGAUCUGUUUCCACGUGUCAGUGGAUUCAUUCAGAUCAAAUCCAGCUGGUUUUAACAGAUUAACGUGAAUCGAAUCCAAACAGCAGCGAUGGGUAAAAAAGGGAAGAAAGAGAAGAAGGUGAAGGGAGCAGAGAAGACCGCCGCCAAGAUGGAGAAGAAGGUUUCAAAGAGAAGCAAACGAGAGGAGGAGGAUCUGGAGGCUCUUAUUGCAGAGUUCCAGACUCUGGAUGGAAAGAAGACUCAGGUUGUGGAAACGACAUGUCCCCCUCCGUCCCCGAGAUUGAGUGCGUCUCUCUCUCCUCAUCCGGAGAAAGAUGAACUCAUCCUGUUCGGAGGAGAAUUCUUCAACGGAAAGAAGACGUUUCUGUACAACGACCUGUUUUUCUACAACAUCAAGAAGAACACGUGGGUGAAGUCCGACAUCCCCAACCCUCCUCCACCGCGCUGCUCUCACCAGGCAGUGGUAGUUCCCCAGGGUGGGGGCCAGCUCUGGGUGUUCGGGGGGGAGUUUGGUUCUCCGAAUGGGGAACAGUUCUACCACUACAAGGACCUGUGGGUGCUGCAUCUGGCGACACACACCUGGGAGAACAUCAAGGCGACCGGCGGUCCGUCGGGGCGCAGCGGACACCGGAUGGUCCUCAGCAAGAAGCAGCUGCUGGUGUUUGGAGGUUUCCAUGAGAGCACCAGGGAUUUUAUCUAUUACAACGACGUCUACUCGUUCUCCCUGGAAACCUUUUCCUGGUCACGCCUCUCUCCGUCAGGCUCCACCCCCGCUCCACGCUCGGCCUGUCAUAUGAGUUCCACGCCCGACGGCACAGGCGUCAUCGUCUACGGGGGAUACUCCAAAGUUAGAGUCAAGAAGGAUGUGGAGAAGGGAACCAUCCACUCGGACAUGUUCCUCCUGAAGCGAGAGGGUAAAGAUGGCCAAGAGAAGUGGUCAUGGUCCAGGGUGAGCCCCUCAGGGAGCAAGCCUCACCCUCGCUCUGGCUUCUCGCCGGCGAUGGGCCCAGCCGGGCGGGCGGUGCUGUUUGGUGGGGUGUGUGAUGAGGAAGAGGAGGAGACACUGGAGGGGGACUUCUACAACGACCUGUACCUGUAUGACACGGUGAAGAACCGCUGGUUCCCCGGCGUGCUCCGGGGAAACAAGACGGAGAAGAAGAAACGACGCAGGGGGAAGAAGGAAGGAGCAGAGGGGGAGGGAGGAGAGAUGGAGGGCGAGGAUGGGGAGGAGGCGGCGCCACAAGGACCCACUGAGGUCAUCAAGGAGAUCGUCACCGAGGACGGCACCGUGAUGACCAUCAAGGAAGUGAUCCCUGGAGCUCAGGAGGAACAGGAGGAGGAGGAGGAGGAGGAAGAGGAUGAAGCUUCAGCCUCCGUCAGCCUGGUGGAGCCCUGCCCGAGGUCCAGCGCCAUGGCCACGGUGCGUCAGGGCAAGCUCUUCCUCUUCGGAGGGAUGUUUGAGGUCGGCGACCGCCAGUUCACCCUGAACGACUUCUACAGCCUGGACCUCAACAAGAUGGACCAGUGGGACACUCUGGUUGAGAUGGAUCCCAAGACACAGGAGUGGCUGGAGGAGUCUGAGUCAGAGGACGAUGAGGAUGAGGAGGAGGAGGAGAAGCUGAAAGGAGCAGAAGGGGAGGAAGACAAGGUUGAGUCUGAAGGGGAAAGUGACGAUGAGGAAGAUGAAGACGAGCACCCGGCCGUGCAGGAGGGGGAGACGGUGACUGAUUAUCAAACCCGGACCGAGACGUACUGGACGGGACUGGCCCGGACUAAAAUGGGCCCUGACAUCAAGGACAAAAAGGUUGCAAAGGUCGCCCUCGCCAUGGCUAAAGUCUUCCAUGAAGACCAGUAGUGGAAAAAACGCCAAAUGUUCUGUGUGUGUGUGUGUGUGUGUGUGUGUGUGUGUGUGUGUGUGUGUGUGUGUGUGUGUGUGUGUGUGUGUGUGUGUGUGUGUGUGUGUGUGUGUGUGUGUGUGUGUGUGUGUGUGUGUGUGUGUGUGUGUGUGUGUGUGUGUAAUGUUACUGCAAACAAUUCAGUAAUACAAGUGAGAUUUCAAAACAAAGACAUUUAACCAUCUUCCUACUGUUUGACAUUUAUAGGUUAUUUUUUUAUUUUCGGGUUCACACGAAUAUUUUAUUGUUUUUUUCAAGAUCAACAUCAGUUUUCAUUUAAAUGAAAUUAAAACUAAACUGAAAUAACACUUUUUAAUGCUGCUGCUGUCACUGUGAAACCACAGUGCUGAAGCUAACAGAGAGUUGUUAGUAACAGACAGAAGAAGUAAGAGGAAAUCACUUUUGUAAUUUUUUUAUUUCUUAUGGUCGUCUUUUAUUACAUGUUUUAAUUUGUCUUAUUCUCGGUAGUGGAAGUAUUUUUGUGCACUUAGUUUGAACUCAUUUGGCCUCUUGGUUCUCGUCUCCUUUGAGGAGUUUCUUUUACACUGAACAACAAAAUGUAACGACGAGUUCAGAGAAGCAGCGUUUGAAUGUUAAGAAAAAAAAAUGAAAUGACCACACAUCUGCCUAUUUGUAAACAGGGACUGUCUCCAUCUGGUGGACAUGUGGGUCAACGCAGUCAGUCACAGGUGGAGAGAUGUCCUGUGACGGCUCAGAUUGACGUCUGCUCCUGAGAGACAGCGAAACUAAAAUGUAUGCUUCAAUAGAAAUUAAACUAGAAUGACACUUGAGGAGCGGAAACCUCCACGAGGACCAACAGUCCCCUCAUUAAACAUCAUUUAAAUUCAUUACAUCCAGAUUAUUAUUGAGAUCAACUCUAAAUUUAGAAAUACAAACAGACAUCAGUCUCCUACGUGAGCUUUUCAGUCAAGAUCAUGAAUUAUUUCCCUGGGAAACUGGAGAAAAUAAAGUAAAGUGGGAAGUUGACCUUCUUGGCCCACGUCUCAUCCUUCAAAACAAAUCAAGUGGAAAACUCAGUUUGGUAGUUUUUGCAUAAAUCUGCGAACAAAUAACCAAACAAACCAAAACCAAUAAACCUGUCGUCACUGUUUGUUUAACCUUAGUUUUUACUUUACUUCUUCCAAAGCCACACCUCACAGAUCUAUGUUUGAAAAGUAAAACUAUGUGUUACAGCUCAAAUAAAAACAUAAUUCAUCUUU